AUGGGUAUGGAUUUAAAAGAUACACAGAAUAGUAAAACAAUCCAUCCAGAUCCUAAAGAUAAUAGCCAUAAUAAUUUUGUUAUACAUGAUAAUAAACACACAAGAAUGUCAUAUAAUGGGAAAAGGCCAAUAACUCCGGUUGAUACAUAUCCUACCCCGGAAUCUGGUUCUCUUUCGGUGGAUAGGGCUGGUGAAUCAGUUAGUAUUAUAGAUGAUUCUUUCACGACUAAUACCAAUAAUAACAUAGAACCGGGAAUUGAAGAUAAAAAUGUAAAUGACAACUUACUUAAUGGCAGUACAGAUUCUGUAAAAGUUACGUUGAAUGAAAAAUCCAAGAAGAAAAAGAGAAGUGCUGCAAGGGAACUGGAAUCAUUAUUGGAAGAUGCUAGUAGGUAUGAUCCAAAUUUUGAAUAUUCUUUACCCACUUCCUAUAAAAGGUCUAAACCAAGAAAAUAUUAUUUCAAUGGUGAUGGGAACAGUUAUAGUUAUUAUGAUGAUCAUCCAAAUAUAAAAGAUUUAGAUAAAAUGGGUGAAAAAUUUAUUGUGAAACAAAAAAAAAUAAAAGCAAUAGCAGAAGAAGAGAGGGAAAAAAUUGUUAAUAUUACCACAUCUAAACAGAAAAAGCAUAAAUUAAUACAAGUCAGUAAAUCAAACAAGAAGAAACAAAAAAAUAAUCAUAUUGAAAAUCAUGCUGAUAUAAAUACUAAUUCAUCGAAAUUAAACAAUUUUAUGAAAGAUUUAGAUUUACAAAAGUUAAAGUUAACUAAUUUGAAGGCUUUUUCCAAAAAGAAAACUGUUGUUACCAUUGAAUAUAUUCAUUUGAAUAAGAAGGAUAAGAAGUCAAGUAUUAGUCAACAAUCUAAUAGAAUACUGUCUAACAAAGAAGAAGCUCAAUUACCAGAAAACGAAAGUAAAAUUAAUAAUAUUUCUGAUAACAAUUAUAAUAAUCCAAAUGAUAUAAUACUAGAUAAUACCAGUGUUAAUAAUAUUUCAACAUUUCUCAAUUGGGAUGCUCCAUUUAUUGAUAUAUGUAACGAUUUUUUUAAUAUAACUGCUUGCAAAUACCAAAAUUUUUCAAUAGCACAAACUUGUGAUUCUAUCACAGUUACUAAUCAUAUCGACAGUUAUAAGAAAAGAUAUCAUCCUCCGAAUCUAGAAAAAUCUAAAGGGUACAGCAAUAAAAAUACCAUAAAAAAUAAUAGUAUAAAAGAUCAUGUAAUUAGAAAGGAUUCUGACGAUCAAGCUUCAAUGAAUCAAAAACAAAUAUCUUAUGAAGAUCUUGUGGUAGAGUUGCAAAACCCUCUAUUUUUUAACAAGGCUGAAAAGUUUAGAGUAAAUUUUUCAAAGGAUGUUUCGAGAUACAACCCAAUGGUUGAAGUAGGAAAAUUUAUAGAAUAUGUUGCCCUAAUUUAUCUACCCGAUCCAUAUUCUCAAUCAUUAAAAGACGAUAUAAUACCAAAAUUAAAUGAAGCAUAUGAUAUAUCGAAUGGUGAAUAUUUUGUUGGGAUGGUAAAGGAAUAUAACAAUUUGAUUCAGAAAGUACCAAGAUAUGAAAUAAUUAAUCAUUUAAAAAGUGUAAAAAAAAUACCGGUAUCAUUUAUACAUGAUAUUUUGCAAACUGUAUAUAUUCGAACUAUUUAUCCAAGAGCUAAUCAAUUAAAACAUUAUGAAGCCUUUAGUAAUUAUGUUUAUGGUGAAUUAUUACCUAAUUUUUUAUCCAAAAUUUAUAAACAGUGUAAUUUAAAUCAAUCGAGUAUUUUUUUAGAUUUGGGUUCAGGUGUUGGAAAUUGUGUUAUUCAAGCAGCACUUGAGUAUCAAUGCAAGCUUAGUGCAGGCUGUGAGAUUAUGAAAGAGGCUAGUGAUAUGACGGAAUAUCAGCAUAGAGAAUUGCAAGAACGUUGUAAAAUUAUGGGAUUAAAUUUAAGUCCAGUAAAGUUCUUCUUAAAACAAAGUUUUGUAGCUAAUAAAGCUGUAGAAAAUAUUAUAAGAGAUUGUGAUGUUUUAUUAAUAAAUAAUUUCUUAUUUGAUGCAGAACUAAACAAAGAAGUUGAAAAACUGAUACAGAAUGUUAAAGUGGGCUGUAAGAUUAUUUCUUUAAAAAGUUUAAGAAGACCUGGUUAUGUUCUUGAUUUUUAUAAUACUGAUAAUAUAUUAAGCAGAUUGAAGGUCGAAAAAUUUAAUUUUGAAGAAGAUAGCGUAUCAUGGACUCACACUGGCGGUGAAUACUAUAUCUCAACAGUCUUAGAAUCAAUUGAUGAAUCACUUUUAGAUAUUAAAAGUAGAUUUAGAAAGCUUAAGAGACCUAUAAAAUAUACAAGAUGA